AUGAUUAAUCCGGAAAAUCAACGGCGAGAAUUGUGGAGACAGAAGUUUCCAACUAUAAUUGCUGUUUUAUUGUCGAUCUUUCAAAUGCUUCUCACUUUGGGCAUUGUUGGUUGUGAAGUUGGAAUUAGUCUAGUUCAGUUUCCACGGAUGGACAUUUUCGUAGGAUAUUGGACCUUUCCAAAUUUUAUGUGUGCAUGGAUAUCACUCGCAGCCGCAGGUUGUUGUUGUCGAAUACGUUGCUGUGGAAUAACAGCACUCGUCUUUCAGAUUCUUGCUCUCCCUUUGGCUGUGUGUGUCAUCGGUUUUGAUGCAUAUUUCUUGAACCAUCCAACUUAUUGCUUUUUCUCGUCUGAUUGCAACUCGUGGUACUCAUCCUCUUCUAGCAACUAUGAUCCCUAUGGUUUAUCAAAUAACUCAACCUUGUAUGGAAUCAAAGUUCCAAUUGUUCAAGGUCAAUUGGCUGCCGGUGUUUUAAUGUUGGUUGCCUGUGUGAUCUACAUUAUUGUGUAUGCAGUGACAAGUUAUCGAGUACGGAAAGGUAUUCGUGCCCAAAAUGGCUCUCCUGUAUCCGUCAGCCGCGCUCCUCAAACUAUUCCAUAUGCUACCCCUUAUAAUAAUCCGACCUUUGAAAGAUCUUUCGUCGAAAAUAGUGCGAUAACAUCUACAGUAAAUCCAACUGUUCCGAAGAAUCAACUCAUCUGUCCUAACUGUCGAUCCAGAUUUAAAGUGACUGUAUAA